GCAAGGAUGUGCCAACUAAGGCAGCUGUGGCUGAUCUGAAUUCGGAGCCUCCUUGUGAUGUGAAAGCUCCUUCCUCUAGUGAGCAGAACUAUGUUACUAAGGAGACACAGAACAAGAGGAAACCCUUUAAUCCAUCUGCACCUGCUUUGUCCACCAAUCAUGCAUUCAUCCCCUCUGUUCCGGGUGCUAGUUUCAAUGAAUGUCCCUUUAGUUGUGCUCCUGUGAAAAGCGACAACAGCCCAAAUCUGUUUAACAAACAUCGUCGCCGCACUUGCCAUUCCAAGAAGAGCAACGACAGUGAUUUCUGGACCUCAUUGGGUAUGUUCCAUAAGGGCAUCCGCUGCGACGGCUGUGGGGUUCUUCCAAUCACUGGCCCUAGAUUCAAGUCUAAAGUGAAAGAAGAUUAUGAUCUCUGCAGCAUCUGCUUCUCACAGAUGGGUAAUGAGAGGGAUUACAUCAGAAUGGACAGGCCUGUUUCAGUUCAACCUCUACGUAAAGCCAGAGAACCGUCUACUCCUGCUCUGAACACUUUGUUUACCCGCACUCUGCCAGUUCCGCCACUCAACCCGGGAGAGUUACAUCUGAAGUUGGGUCGGCCUAAGCUAGACAGCCGUUUCGUCCUCGAUGUGAAUGUAUUCGACGGGACUGCAAUGGCUCCGUCCACUCCGUUCACUAAGCUGUGGCGUAUGAGGAACAAUGGUUCUUUGGUGUGGCCUCGCGGCACACAGUUAGUCUGGAUUGGUGGAGACAUGUUUAGCAACUCACUCUCAGUUGAUCUAGAGAUCCCGGAGCAGGGCGUGGGGGUUGACGGUGAGCUCAAUGUUGCAGUUGAUUUCGUUGCACCUGAGUCGCCGGGUCGGUACACUUCUUAUUGGAGAAUGGCUUCCAGUUCUGGUGCUAAAUUUGGACAACGUGUUUGGGUUCUGAUCCAUGUUGAUGCAUCCUUGAAGGACUCUGUUGUGAACGUGUUCCAUGGAUUGAACUUAAACGCUUCUCCUGAUGAAGGUAGCUUGAAAGAGUUUGAACCACGUAACGAGCCUGAUCAAUAUGACGGCCCUGUUCUGGAAACCGUCACACCCGUUGCUGAUUUGAAACCGAAAGUUGAAGAAUCCAAAGCCGUUGAAAAGGAGGACUUGCUGAUUGGAGAAGCUCGUCCCGUUUCUCCUCGUAAACUUGAUCCCUCGUCUUCUGCACAUCACAUCAUCGACCUCACAGAGCCUGCAGCCCCUGCUGAGGGAUCACUCGGAGGUUCCUCUACAAAGCACGAGGAAUCGAAUGAUGCUGAGCGAGCACUGCUCGAGGAACUCGACGGGAAGAAUGAGGUGGAGCAAGGCCUGCUCAAGGAACUCGAGGAGAUGGGUUUCAAGGAAACCGAUCUGAACAAGGAGGUCUUGAGGCAGAACAAGUAUUGAUCGGCUGUGUUGCAGUCGGUCGAUGCCCUUUGUGGAGUCUCGGAGUGGGAUCCGAUCCUCGAAGAACUCCGGGAGAUGGGAUUUCGUGACAGUGAGACGAACAAGAGACUGCUGGAGAAGAACAACGGAAGCAUCAUGCGGGCGGUGAUGGAUCUUCUGACAGGCGACAAGGCUUGAACUUUUGUCAGGAACGCUCACAAGUCUCUUGCCUUUGUCUAAAAGAUAUGUUUGAUAAAUAAGCCUCUCUCUCUCUCUCUCUCUCUCUCUCUAUAUCUACAGUGUCUUUGUCGUCUGUCUAGUUUUUUCUUUCUGCAGUUUCUGAUGCGAUGCUAUUGCUAUCUGUGUACAAAAUAAGACAAGGCUUGGUUUUAGUAUAUGAACCAUGUGGUUUGUGUUAUUGUGUUCUUCGAAGGAUGUUAAAUUUUCUUUCUUUUUUUCAUAAAAUUAAUCCAUUAUUGUAUAAAAUUAA